AUAUGGCUGUGGGGAGAAACUGAGUGAUUUCCUCCCCUACUAAAGCCAACUCACUCUGAUAUUUUUUUCCUGAUAUUUUCCCGACCUUCUUCCUCUUAAAACUUAGUGGGGAAGUGUUGCUCUUCUCGCUCAAUUGACAUUAUGAUUUCUCACAAUCUUCGUUAAAAACAGUUGCUUGUCCACGGGCAUUGUCGGUAGGGGCCCCCACCUUACGGAAAGGCCUGCCUGAGUAGACAAACACGGCUACCCCUCUGGCUCAGUCUGAGAUCCUGGCAACCUUCAGCCGAUCUUCAUAGCCCAGUUGUCAGACUUGGUAUAAGAAAAUGAGUGACACUGAUGAUGAUGUACCUCAGCUUUCAUCCCAAGCCUUAGCUGCUCUACAGGAGUUCUACAUUGAACAGCAGCAGAAAAAUGACAUUAAGACAACAGAAAGAUGUACUGACUAUUCUCUGGGCUCAGUAGAAGAGAACUGGCAAUUGAGCCAGUUUUGGUAUGAUUCUGAAACUGCACUUUGUUUGGCUAAUGAGGCUAUACAAACAGUUGGAAUGGGUGGCAGGAUAGCAUGUGUCAGUGCACCCAGCGUUUAUCAAAAACUGAAAGAGCAGGAUAGCAAAGAUUUUUCAACAUGUUUAUUGGAAUAUGACCAAAGAUUUUCUGUAUAUGGAGAUGAAUAUGUUUUCUAUGAUUACAACAAUCCUUUGAAACUUCCAGAAAAUCUCACAGCACACAGUUUUGAUAUAGUUGUAGCAGAUCCACCCUACUUAUCCGAAGAAUGCCUCAGAAAAACAGCAGAUACUGUCAAAUACUUAACUAAAGGAAAGAUUCUGCUUUGUACAGGUGUAGUCAUGGAGGAACAAGCAGCAAAAUACCUUGGUGUGAAGAUUUGCAAGUUUAUUCCAAAACAUACUCGAAACUUAGCCAAUGAGUUUCGGUGCUAUACAAAUUAUGAUUCUGGACUAAAUUCUGUGUAUUGACAUUAAAAAACUGGUAAAUUUCA